AUGUGUUGUAUUUUGGGUUUUACUUGUUACUUCUUUUUCAUUGCUGCCUUCCUGUGGCUAAGCGUUUUGUGUUUCGAUAUUUGGAUCAGUUUCCGUGAUCUCAGGGUUGCCAAUAGUUUCAAAAGAAAUUUAACACGUUUCAUAUGGUAUUCCUGCUAUGCCUGGGGCAUAGCCAUGCUGUUGACCAUUUUGACAAUGUUGUGUCAGUGGUCAGAUCAUAUAACGGAUGAUUAUAAACCGGGUAUUGGUUAUGAUGUUUGUUGGCUGGACACCAACAAAUGGUCAGCAGCAAUUUAUUUCUAUUGGCCAAAUUUAAUAAUUUUGCUAUUCAGUAUUGCAACAUUUAUCCAUUUAACAUUUAGAAUUUAUCGCAUACGUUCGGAUAUGGCUCAGAUGACAGAGAGAAAAGAAGUUUUCAAAGAAAACGCUGUUGUCAUAUUGCGUAUCUUUAUUAUUUUGGGCCUAUCAUGGAUAUUGGAUAUCUCAUCGUAUUUUUUGCGUAAUUAUGAAGCCUGGGAAUUUAUGUCAUUAUUAUCCGAUUUGCGUAGUGCUCUACAGGGUAUUCUCAUAUUUAUUCUCUUCAUUUUGAAACAUAAUGUACUGCAGUCAAUAAGGAGAAGAUUACACAAGUCAAAUAUCAAAACAUCGGUAUUUUCGCGACUGUCAUUUUCGAAAUCAUCUGUAAGCCGUGGCCCACAGACCGAAAUGGAAUAUGUUGAAGUGAAUCUGU